AUGAAUUCCAUUGCCGCGAACUUUGCGGUAUGUUUGGCAGACUAUGAGCAGCUCAUCUCCAUUAUUGCCGAGUCCAGCUCGCCGCUCCAUCAGCAGCUUGAACUGAGCGCUCUACAAGAUGAGCUAGGGCGGUUCAAAGUGUGGGCAGGCAACAUUGCCGCCCAUAAAACGGGCAGGAGCUCGUUGGACUUUCGAUUAAGAGAUGCCACUCCGCUGCGGGAAAGAAUCAUGGGACUUCUGUCUGAUAUGAGUGAGCUGCUUGAAGAAGGCUCCCAGAUAGCUGCUGGAGAUCGAGUGCCACAGGAUGAAGCACCAUCUGAUCACGAUUCCGAUUCAUCAGAUGAAGAAGGGUCGACUUUGAGCGUCCGUUCUGAAAACCUCACCACAGAGCUGCAACAGAUAUUUUUGGACGUUGUUGUUUGUAUUGACUGUCUAUACAAACUCUCAAUGACGAUUCGCAGUGGUGUCUCCGCACACGAUCGAUUAGUGAAGGCUGCAGCUAUCGAUAUCUCAUUCUAUGAGACAUGGGAUAUUCAGCAUGUUAAAAGCAAAUUCCCAGCCAUAAAAGAGAGUUUGGCUACACGACUGGGCAAGUCCAUCUCAAGGCGUCGUCAGCAUUUCAAAUAUUGUGAGAAGCAUCACAAGAAACUCGCACAAGACCUCAUUUUACCACAGAGGGCUUUGAACUUGCCUCAUCCCUCCCCAGCUAUAGCAAAUUCCCCGGGGAUUUCUCCUCAAGACCCUAGUCCUGUCGACAAUCAUCAGGAGGUGGCGAUUGAUCUUCCAAGAAUUGAGGCAAAGACAAGCACUGUUGCCACAACUGUUCUUACUCAGACUACGGCUUCCGAAUUCGUUGGAGGAACAACCGAUUUCGAAGUCGAGUCUGAUAGUGGCCAGACCUCGACCUCGUAUGCAACAACUGUAUCACAGGGAGGGAGGCUCUGCAUACCUCCCCCACCGAGAGAUUCGAUUGGUGGUCGACCCUUCGAGUGCCCUUAUUGUUUCACUAUUGUGGGCAUAAGAACCACACACGCAUGGAAAAAGCAUGUAUUUCGAGAUCUUCAGCCCUACGUUUGCACUUUUGAAACAUGCGCAAAAGCAAGUAGAAUGUUCGACUCUCGCCGCGAUUGGUUUGACCAUGAGCUCAUCAACCACCGAAAAGAAUGGUUCUGUACUGCGGACUGUCAGCAAUCUUUUAAAGUCCAGGGCGAAUUUGAAGACCACAUGCAGGAUGUACAUCAAAUUUCCUCACCAAACCAAUUAAGCGCGCUGGUGGAUAUGUGUCAAAGACCUGUUGAUGAAGAUGCGGAAGAACAGUGUCCUCUCUGCAUGGAAACUUUAGGGUCAAUGAAGCAACUUUGCCGACAUCUGGCACGACACCUGGAGGAAUUGGCUCUAUUUGCCCUUCCACGCAGUAAAGAUGAUGAGGGGGUACAAGAGUUCGACUCUGACGAACCACAGGUGUCCGAUAUUUCACGACAAUUAUCUGAUAAUAGCGUUACGUUUGGCAGCAAUCCCGAUACUAUUGAGUCAUUAUCCGACCCCGACCGCAUUCCGGAUAUUGACAUUCCGGAUAACGAUGACUUCGACAUCGAUGGCACUGACGGAGGUGAUCCCGCUUUAGAGCUUUUAGAUCUUUUAUGGGAUUCAGAUGCAACGCAAACGCUUAUACUCCCUGUAUCAUUUUUGUCAUUUUUCAACCAACGACUUCAAAAUAUUAUUGACGGCACAGACGGUUCUUUGGAGCAUCAAGACAAAGGAUUUAUCAACCUUCUUGUCGAUCUCUCCAAAGCCUUGGCUAGUAAUAACGUUCAGAACCAACUGACAUCGAAACGGGGACUUAGUGACCUUCUGCUUAUGGUCUAUCUACACGCUAGGAAAUGUUAUCAGAAACAAUCGAGCUCAGACCGUGAAGUCAUAUGGGGAGGCUUAGUGGAUCGUGUCAGGAUGUUCUUUAUCAAGAUCAUUAAAGACAUUGUUAUUGAAAGUAGGGUACAAGAGGAGAACGUCUCGAAACUUGUCGAUCAUUUAGCGGCGAUAGAGACUAAGCUAGCUGCUCGAUCACAGCCUGACGCUACGUUGGGUGGCGAGAGAGAAGGAUUCGACGUAAUACCAGACCAAGAUUGGGCCUCGUACUGGGACCUCAAGGUGAGUGAUAUGCAGACUUAUCCGCAAGAGGAGGUUGAGAGACAAAGGGCGAUUCAUGAUAUUUGGCUAUCGGAAAAGGCUUAUGUGGAUCGCCUGGUUGUCUGCUUGGCUCGUUAUCAUGAAGAUUUGGUCCGUGACCCGUCAAUCAUGCAAAACGGAAAGCCGUUUUAUUUCGUAGAGGACGGGUUUACCAUUAUAGGAACUUUACAAGAACUCCAUGAAGGUUUCCUAUUCGCGCUGGAAAACAGAAUCAAAACACAGGGCCCCUGGGUUCAUGAUCUCUCGGAUAUAAUCCGCGACUGGAUACCUAGAACAACGUCCAGCUACCGCCACUAUGCCGUGACAUUUCCAAUGAUUGAGUGGCUAAUUCAACGUGAGGCCGCACACAAUCCGCGAUUCAAGGAAACAUUUUAUUCGGAAGCAGCCAAGCUGGAUUGGCUGAGCUGUAUGAAGAGCCCUUCGAUAAGAAUUCAACAGUAUCUAACUUUACUUCCCGCUAUUCGGCAAACUGCUAGUGAAAAUACGGACGAGGGAAAAGAAUUUAAAGAAAUGAUGGAGAAUGUCAAGACCUUGACUGAGGGAUUCCAAAAGAUGGAGAAUUAUGGAAGGGCAAAAGUUCGAGUUCACGAACUCAAUAAAGCACUACUUUUCAGAGAAGGCCUUGGCGGACCCGAUCUCGGUCUUAACGACGAGGGUCGACAUCUUCUAUUCGAGGGUCAGCUUGAACGGCUCAGGACAGCGGCACUAGGAUUCUCCAUCGCAAAUCACGCAUUCUUAUUUGACAACUACUUUGUUCUUGCAAAGCGAAUCGGGUCACACGAUAUUGAAAAAUACGAUGUUUCUAAACCUCCGAUACCUAUGGGGCUUUUAGUCCUCCAGGAUGCCAAAGACAAUAGCAGAAUAUCUCCCAUUUACUCAAAGAUCGAGAACAGCCAAAGUACUACACUUGAAAUCCAGGCACCCGAGGAAGAAUUUCCUAGACCCGGGUACUCCCCAUUCAACAUUAAACAUCUUGGAAAUCAAGAGGCAUACACCUUGCUGGUUAAGACCGAGGAAGAAAGGAAGGAAUGGUGCGAAAACAUAGUGUUGGCAAAGGCGGCAUAUGCUGCCACUCUUUUUAAGGAGAAGGCAGAACCCUUUUCGCUAAAUGUCUUAUCUAAUGGAUACUUCCAAAACACCCACUCGCUCCGCCUAAACAGAUUCUCCAAGAUUCAAGGAUCUCCUCUAUCGCAAGCAAUCCAGAGAGCAGCACCUGCUCCUCCGCAUACCAGAGUUCGUACGGGGGUCAAGUUUGGAACAACUUUUAUGACCGAAAAUGGUCCUAGGGAAGUUAUUGGGACCAAGCACGCCAUCUUCGUUUUGGAGAGAGGCUCGUCAUCGAGUUUACCCGUUUCAAAACUUGAGCUCCCGGAUGUGACACAGCUUUUGGAAAUUGAGGAGUUGAACAUCAUGCUUGUACUGGCGUCAAAGAGCAUAUAUUCUUACCCAACUCAGAGCUUCGAGGCUUUACGUCUUGGCCAACAAAUAACACCGGCAGAAAAGAUUCUAGAGAACGUCGAGUUCUUUAGGCUUAACAAGAUGGAGUCCGUUAGAUCUGGGGAAAAGCAGACCAGGAUAUUACUCUUUUGUGCAAUACGGCAGGAGGCAAGAACUCAAAUAAAGGUGUUGGAGUUAUACGCAUCGAACAUAGGGAAAGCAAAGAAACAGGGUGCUGGCUUCUCCUUCUCCCCGAGUAGCUCUGCUCCCCAUGAAAGCUCGCCUUUGACUUCAACACCUUCCGUAUACAAAUUCAGAGACUACGACGAGUUUUAUUCAGCCAAAGACUGUUAUGAUAUAGUACCCUUUCGAUAUUCAAUUGCAAUAAUGACUGGUAAAGGAUUUGACAAUAUGGCCCACGAGCUACCUUUAGCACGCGCACGGUUUUCUAGGUCACUAUUUACGCCUACGCCCUUUGCAGAGGGCCAGCUUCCUGCUCUAGGGCUCUUUCGGCUUCCAGAAGGAAUGUUCUGGGGGAGACUAGGGGAAGUAGCUCUCUGUGUCUACGAGAAUUUUGCCACUUAUAUUGACGAAAAUGGCAUGGUAUCAGAACGUCCUCCAAUAAAUUUUGUUGGACAGGCUAUCUCUGCAACAUCGUAUAGCACCUACUUGAUACUCUUCCAUGAUGAUUUUGUGGAGAUCCGAGAUAUGACAACCGGAAAACUAUGCCAAAUAAUAGCCGGCCAAAACAUUCGGUAUCUAGAAGGGGACAGGGAUCAAGGUCGAAAUGUGAUGUUCGUGAUGGCCCAUCCAGAACUUGAAGGAAGAGAGUUGGUUUUGGAGCUUGUCUUGGAUUACUAUCACGUUGUGAACCCCCCACUUGAACGUCCGAAAAGCCCAGUCCCGAGGUCCCGUUACUCCCGGAUUCCCGAUACAGCGUCGUACCCCAUGGUUCAGCCAACUCCCAACACAUCGCGCUCGAUAGCGGCGAGGCGGGAUGAGGACGGAGCUAAGAAGCCACCUUCGAAGUGUACAGUUAGUUAG